CUUCUGUAAACAAAACUCUCCAUCGAACCAUGCAGAGCAAGCCGGAACAGGACAGGAACCAGGAGGCGACGGUGUAUCUGGGAAAUCUUGACGAGCGGUGCACCGACGCGUUGAUAUGGGAGCUCAUGUUGCAGGCGGGGCCCGUGUGUGAGUGCGCUCCGGGCUAUCGAGUUGACGCCAGCGAACGUCUUCCUUCCCAAGGACCGUGUGAGCAUGGCGCACCAGGGCUUCGGGUUCUGCGAAUUUCUGUCCGAGGAGGAUGCCGACUACGCGUGCAAGAUCAUGAACCAGAUCAAGCUAUUCGGCAAGCCAAUUCGCGUGAACAAGGCAUCCUACGACAAGAAGCAGAUUGACGUCGGCGCAAACCUGUUCAUUGGUAACCUAGGCAAGGAUGUCAGCGAACAAGAGCUGUAUGACACGUUUUCACGUUUCGGAGGGAUCGCGGAGACGCCAAAGGUCGCGCGUGACCCGUCGACUGGCGAGUCUAAGGGCUACGGCUUCGUCAGCUUCCACGACUUUGAGGCCGCGGACCAGGCGAUUGAGAAUCUCAACGGACAGUUCCUUGGCGGCAAGCAGGUGUCGGUGCAGUACGCGUUCAAGAAGGACAGCAAGGGCGAGCGACACGGCACGCAGGCGGAGCGUGUUCUCGCUGCGCAGGCGAAGAAGCACUCGAUGCUGCCAGGCGGUGGAGCGUUUGGAGUCGCAGCUGCACCAGCCUACGUUCCUCCCGUUGUGGCGGCGCCGGCAGCCGUGCCAGCCCCACCUCCCGUACCGGCGGGCUUUGCGCCGACGCAGGUUGCUGGCGUGCCGCCUCCCCCACCAGGAGUGCCCGUUUAUGGAGGACAGCCGUACGCUCAGCAGCAGCAGUACCCGGGCUACGAGGGGUACCAGGGCUAUGACUACAACCAGUACGCGAACGGGGGGUACUACUAUGGCGGGGAGCAGCAGCAGCAGCAGCAGGGCGGCGCGCCGCCUCCACCGCCACCGCCAAUCCGUAUGGGCUUCAACCAGUAGCGUGUGUAUCGAUGCAGUCUGGCAGUGUAUCCUAAUCCACUAGAGGAUGAUCCACAUUCCGUCUCGCGGGCCAGAGACCUCGAGUGA